UUAAUAAUAAAAAGUUUUUGAAAAAUACAAAAUCCAAAAGAAAGAAGAGGGACCAAUUACUAAUCGCUAUCAUGCGCCAUGGAUGUCACUAUCCCAAUCCUUUACUUUAAAUAAUUCCAACCAGACGUAUCCUCAUUCUUUUCAUUUUCCCCCCAAUCUAAUAUUUCCUUUUUAUUCUUCCUUUUAUUUAUAAUUUCUCUGAAACAACUAUCCUCUCCAACUUUACAUUUCCUCGCCGAUUAAUUCGUACGUUUGCCACGGUCGAGGACGCCGCCGCCGCCGGUUUUGUUUCCUGGCUUUUUCCUACUCUCCAGAUCCGUCUAAUCGCCAUCAGGAGUUGGGGGUAGUUUGGUUCGGUUUGUUGUGACUGGAGGGGCGUUGAAAAGAAAAAAAAAAGUGUUGUCUGGGUGCCCCAGAUGAGAAGAACUGAUGCUAUUGACAGUAGAAGGAGGAGGGUUCUUCUCUUCUUCAGCUUCUGGGUAUAGUAAGGGCUUGACCCUUCUUCUCUUGGGUCAGAAGCACGAGGACAAGCCCAUGAGAGUUUCGCCGUGGAACCAUUACCAGUUGGUGGACCAAGAAUCUGAUCCUGACCUCCAGCUGGCUUCCAUCAAGAACCGGCUUUCCAGCGGGUGCGCCUCUUUCGUUUGCUUUGGUCGCACUUCCGCCGGGCUUGACAACCCAUCACCUUUGAAAGUUGGCCCUGUUCAACAGCGGGAUGUCUUGCCAGGGCCUCUUGUUUCAGAUAAAACUAAUGAUCACGCAACUCAACUUGAUGAUGGCAAUAGUAAUUCAGGAAAGGUUGCCCUUAAAAGUAGUUUGAAGAAGCGAUCAAAUAGUACUCGAGUUCCUCUUGAGGUUGUUAAUGACCGUGAGGCAUCAGGGGGAAGGGAUGUUGAUAUCCCUAGUCAUGCAGAACGAAGAAAGGUGCGGUGGACAGAUGCUUAUGGUAGUGAGCUUGCUGAAAUCAGGGAAUUUGAGCCCAGUGAAACAGGCGGAUCAGAUGAUGAAUUCGAUAAUGGAAGUGAAAGAACUUGUUCGUGUACAAUUAUGUAGUUUGGCCAUUAUUUGAAGUUCAAUGAUGAUCAGGUAAAUUGCUGCUAACAGAUCUUAAUCUUGUGAUGGAAAUGCUCAGUUGAUUUGUGGGCAAAGAAGAAAAAGGUCUUUCUGAUUAUACAUGGAAAUGGAAUGCAACCAAUAGAGAGGAGCUUUGUUUCUGGGCCACCUUAGUUGGACUGAUCUUUUGUGCCUAUAUUUAAUAUAUUUCAUAUUGAAUUUGAGAUUUCAAUUUUUUCAUCCUGGGCUUCACUUUGUUUUUUUUGUAUGAUUAUUAUAAUUCUUGUUGCAUGACUGUUGUCAAUUAGUUCAUGGCAAUUAAUGUGUUAUAUAUUUUCAGCUCAAUCAUUUUUUGUAGUUAAAAAAAGGAUUUUCAUGCUGUGCUUGUUCCCUUUUCCUGGUUAGAAAUAUUGUACGUUCUGGCAUUGUGAUGGCAAAGUUUUGGUGAAUGAUCACCAAAAGCUUUUAUUAACAUGAAUAACCUUGACAGUAUGUUUUAUGUUCUGUUGUUUCCUUUUCUUUUAUGACGGGAA